GCUCGAAGCCCAAGGAAAGCCCACCUUGGACAACGAUUGCUCGUGAAAAGAAAAUCUGAACGUGCACGUAUACUGCACGUUGCCUUGCUUCGAUUCUCCAUGGUAGACGCAAGUGCCGCAACAACUUCCGCAGUGAGUGGCGACGAUAUGAUGGACAGCGGGCGCACUGUCGUCGGCAUGGCGGGCGGGCCACGGGGCCCCGUGCCGAGCAACCAUACCAUGCUGAUGCUGCAGUGCCUCUUUUCUAUGGUCUUCGCGGCGGCCGCGCUGGGACUCCUCAACUGCCUUGGCUUCGUGGUCCGGUCUAGCAAUUGCUGUCCACCUGGCGAUGGCUAUUCCAGAUGCGAGGUGUGGCAAGACUUCCGGUCCAUGCUGAGCUUCCUGUUCGGAGCUCUGGUCUGCUGCAUAGUCAAGAACGAGCGCGACUGCGACGACAGCAGCCCCAGCGCUGGCAAGGUGCAGCUGGACACGUGCCUGUUGUGACCCAUGCCCGACGUCGCCGCCACGCCCAGCUCUUUUGCCCCGGGCCCGGUGUCGCCCCUUCUGCGAGGCGUCCUCAAGGACUGUCCCUCCCAAGCCGCUUCGCGCUCGCGCGGGAUGUGCAGCAGGGCUCGGGCGCCGCGCCCAGCGGCUUGCCGACGGGGAGAGCUCGACGAUGGCCGCGGUCCUUCGGACUUCUGUUGCUUUCGCGUUGGUCUCCCUUUUUCCCCACAUGCUCUGUGGGGUCCUGGCUUUCUUCUUCGCACCCGCGUCGCACCCGCGUUUGCCGCCCUCCUCCCCCCCUCC